AUGGUGUUUCGUCGGUUUCUCUAUAACCUCCUGAACAACCCUCAGCUGAUCGAGAAACUGUCCGAGUCUCGGCCUAUCCGCAGGGCCGCCCAGAUCACUGCCUUCGCCGUCACCAAGGCUCAGCUGGCCAGCAAGGACGCAGCCCAGCGUGUGCUCCGCUCCGACACUGUGCGACAGAUGACCCAGGACGGCGCCCCCCGGAACCUGGUGGACAUGGCCCGCAAGAUGGACAGGGUCAGGGACACGUUUAUGAAGGAGCUCAGGACUGGCAUGAAGGAGAUAAAAGGAGAGAUGAAACAAUCAGAUGGCAAGAAAAGAGGACAGUGA